AUGUCAAGUAAGAUUACAAUUAAAAACGCUGGUAAAGUAUAUGAAAUUGAAGUUGGAGCAAGCGAUACUGGAUUAAUUUUUAAGCAGAAAAUCCAGGAAGCCACCAAUAUCCCACCCGAAAGACAAAAGAUUUUGGUAAAGGGAGGGAAAGUGAACGACGAAGAUGAAAUAAGUUCAUUGGCAUUGAAUACCAAGCAACCAAUUAUGGUUUUGGGAACCCCAGAUAAAGGAUUACCUAGUAAACCGGUUGAAAAACAAGUUUUUUUAGAGGAUAUUAACCAGAAUCAAUUAUUUAAGGUUGGUAGUGAGCCAUCAGGAUUAAUUAAUUUGGGGAAUACAUGUUAUCUUAAUUCAUCAUUACAAGCAUUAUUUCAAAUCAAUGAUGUUAAAGAAAAGUUGGAGAAGUUCAAUGGAAGCUCAGGAGCCAAUGCCAAUGCCAGUCAAUCUCUUGUAUUAUCAUUGAAGAGUUUAUUUGGACAAAUGUCUAAAAAACACGAAAGCGUCAAUCCAACAUUAUUAUUAACAAUUUUCAGAAAUGUUUUCCCACAAUUUGCAGAAAGAGAACGAGGAUUUUAUAAGCAACAAGAUGCGGAAGAAGCAUUUUCACAGUUAUUGAGUACAUUGGGAGAAACCUUAAAGGUAAAAGAUUAUUUUAGAAUUAGUUUUAAGAGCGAACAAAAAUGUUUAGCAUUACCGGAAGAAGAAGUUAAGACUGAUUAUGAAGACUCAUUUAAGAUUAAUUGUCAUAUCGAUAUCAAGACCAAUUUUUUGAGAGAUGGAAUUCUUAAUGGGUUAAAAGAAACCUUGGAAAAGUAUAAUGAUACAUUACAAAGUAAUACUGAAUAUGAAGUUAAUAGAAGAAUCACUAGAUUACCAAAAAUGUUAACUGUUCAUUUUGUUAGAUUUUAUUGGAGAAGAGAUACUCAAAAGAAGUCUAAGAUUUUGAGAAGAGUUCAAUUCCCAUUUGAAUUAGAUUUGGCCGAAAUGUUGGACGAAUCCAUUAAACUGGAAAAAAUUAAAAUCAGGGAUGAAUUAAAUAAAAUCGAGAAGGAUAAUAUUGAUUUAAUUAGAGAUUUCAAGAAAAGUAAGAAAAAUGAUAAUAAAUUAAGUCCAUUAGAACAACAAGAAGAAGAAGAAUUAAAAUUAAUGUCUAUCAAAUCUAAAUUUAACGAUGAUUUUGCUAAAAGCUUACCUUCUGGUAUUGAUUUACAAACCGCCACUGAAAACCCAUCUUCAGUUUAUGAGUUGAGUGCUGUAAUUACUCAUGCUGGAUCGUCGGCCGAUUCUGGACAUUACCAAUCAUUUGUUAAGGAUGAUAAAGAUUUAGAUGGUGAAAGAUGGUGGAAAUUUAAUGAUGACAAAGUAAGUUCGGUUAAUAGAGAAAAAAUUGAAACUUUAGCCGGUGGUGGUGAAAGUGAUAGUGCUUUAAUUUUAAUUUAUAAAAGUAAAGGUUUUUAA